CGCAUCAACGGAGCAAGCGUUUGUGUUUGCCUGGAGCGCAGGUGUGCGGAACCAGCUCAGCCAUGACAUUCCUCCGCAGGUUGCAAUGGAACGACUCCGUUCUAAUCCAUCCCCCCGGGUUCUACAUCAUCGGCUUCACCUCCCUGCCCUUUGCCAACCUCUACUUCAUCUUCCUCGCUUUCGUUUACGUGGUGUCGGUCGUGUUCAACACAUGUGUGAUCUAUAUAAUAUCCGUGGACCUUCGCCUCCACAAUCCCAAGUAUAUCGCGGUUGGUAACCUCGCGGUGGUUGAUCUGGUGCUGAAUACUUGCAUUAUUCCCGGUAUGCUAAAGGCGUUUCUUGCUAAGAACAAUUUUGUGCCGUUUAAUCUGUGUAUGGUACAGAUGUAUGUGUAUUAUUCCUUCAUAUCUAUGGAAUCGUUCUCCAUCGCCGUACUCGCCUAUGACCGUAUGAUCGCCAUAUGUUUUCCUCUGAGGCACGGCUCCAUCAACACCAUGACGAGUAUGUCGUGUAUUCUCGGUGUCAUCUGGUGCUUCUGUCUUGGUAUACCGAUAUUCAGCACAGCCAUUAUGACCAGGCUGUCCUACUGCGAUUCCGUUAACGUCUACAGCUAUUUCUGUGAUUACGCACCAGUGUUUCGGCUGGCAUGUAACGACAACUCCCUGCAAUGGGCUGUGGCUUCAGUUCUGAGCCUGGUUAUCCUCCUCGGCCCACUGUCCUUCAUCAUUCUGUCAUACAUGAGUAUUCUAAUCGCUGUGUUCAGGAUGAAAAGCGUUGAGAGUCGUGUGAAAGCGCUGGCCACCUGCACUGAGCACCUCAUUCUAGUGGCAGUAUUCUUCUUUCCGGUUCUGACUAUUUUCAUGGUUGGGUUAUUAGCGCGCAUCAAACCAGACCCUGACCUGCGCGUACUGAGCCUGUCGCUGGCCUCGUGCAUCCCGCCCUGUCUCAACCCCAUCGUCUACUCUCUGAAAACUAAAGAGAUCAAGAGCAAAGUGCUCACCAUGUUCAGGAGAAUUAAAGUUCAAGUAGUUAACGAUUGAUCUUUACGCAUAGGUUGCUACAUAGGUUGCUACGUGCUUGAAGUUACCAUCAAAUCAAAUGUAUUGGGCUGUCCAUAUCAAGGGGUUGAAAUGGGGGAGGACAUGCAUAAAACUCAUACAUAAUUUAUUUGGUCCUUUCGAAGAUUACAUAUCAUGCACUUGGCGUGUCAUUGCUUAAAAGUGAGUUUAUAAUGAGCGAGCAACGUUUUUAAUCUAUCAUCCGUUUUAUUCUCAACAUUUUCAUUGAUUGUGUCAUGGUUGUCCAUCUGAUGAAGA